AGUCAAAGCAACUUAAAUACAUGUAAAAUGCAAAUUGUGUUCACACCGUGUUUGUCCAACCAUCCUGUUUUUUGCAGGACCAAUCUGAUUAGCCCUCAGUCUGUCACACAUGGGUGGUAACUUUAGGCAGACGGGCCUGUUAGCUCAGUUCCUCCCAUCUUCUUUGACUGACAGGCAGAUAGCACGAACAGAAAGUGUCAGCACCUACCUUCAUCUACUACUCUCCUCUUUUACACAUACUGGGGAAUUGACAAAAUGUAUUCACCGCCGCUGGCCUGGUUUCUGCUGACAACUUCCAUCUGGACAUUAAGUUGGAGCCAGAUCAUGCCACCAGAAACCACCAAAUUCGUAUUCCCUAAGAUCAACAGCACCGAGAGUAUCGAUUGUGAAUGUAGUUCUUCAGACUGUGCCAAUGUCUACUGGUACCGAGCUGUUCCCAGUGUGGGCAAAGUAGAAUAUAUAGGCCGAUGCAACAAUGCGGAACGUUUUGUCUUUGGGCCAGCGUACGAAAAGCAACAGAGUCGCUUCAAAUGUAGCAAGAGGAGCUCGGGUUUUGCCCUGCGCAUCAUCAACGUGAAUAAAGGGGAUGCAGGGAUUUACUCAUGUGUCCUAACGUUAAAAGACUCAGUUGAAAAGUUUAACCCUGGGACAGUUUUACGGCCAGGAGAGAUCCCUCCAACAACACCUCCAGUCACAAAGGCUAAACCCAAACCCAGAUGUCCCUGCAAUCGGAAGACGCCACCACAGGAUGGCUGUGCCUCUCUGGUUCUUUGGCCGCUUGUCGGAGUCGCUGUGGGCCUGGCUCUGGGUCUUCUAUGCUUGCUCUAUUACUUCAGCCGGUUGCCCAAAAAAUGCCACCACCACUUUGUAAAGAAGAGGCUGAUGAGCUAAAGCAGCUUGUUUCCCACUUUUACUGGACCUUAAAUUCUGGACUGCUUUACUGAAGCUCUGCGGGACACGAACCAAAGAUGCUAAAAGCAGUUUCUUUCUGAAGGAAAACGUGUGAUGCUGGACACAGCUUUGUAACAUAUUGUCAUAUAUUAAGACCUUUCUACUGUAUAUUCCAUAAUUCAGGCACCUUUUAUCUUGAAUGUUUCGGUUACUUUUUCUACUGUAGAUUUAUUUUAAUUUAGUUAUUUCAGCCUAACCUGAACAUUUAACACUUUGGGGAAAUUACUGUUACAUCAGGACCAAAAGGGUGUACAUUAUCUACCUAUGAAUAAUAGUUUUUUUUAGGUAAUAUUCAGGAAAGUCAGCAAAAUAUUUAAAGCAAACUUGUUGCUCAGGAUGCUAAUUUACACUGUUUCCUCCAUGGUGCAUUUCUUGGUGUUUCCGUAAUAUUUGUGCAGAAAUGUUGUACGUUGGCCUUUUAAUCUCCGUAUCUCAGAGUUGUUGUUUCAUAUGUAAGUUGCAUUUUUGUUUGAUAUAAUAAAGUUGUGCUUUUCUAACCAA